CAGUCAUUGCGCGCGCAUGAGGAGCAGCAGACGCGGACAUGGACACACGGAGUUUAGUGGCGCUGCUCGGGCUGCUGUGGCGGUGUUGUGGAGCUCCGCAGAGGGGUCUUUUCCCAGCUGUGCUGAAUCUGGCCUCCAUGGCAGAGAUCAAGACCAACGCCACAUGUGGAGAAACAGGCCCAGAGAUGUACUGCAAACUAGUGGAGCACGUGCCAGGACGACCCGUCAAGAACCCUCAGUGUAGGACCUGCAACCUGAAGAGUGAUAAUGAUUACGAGCGGCAUCCUAUUGAGUUCGCCAUCGAUGGCACAAACAGAUGGUGGCAGAGCCCAAGCAUCAUGAACGGGAUGGACUUGCAUCAUGUCACUGUAACUCUGGACCUGCAGCAGGUUUUCCAGAUUGCUUAUGUGAUCCUGAAGGCUGCAAACGCUCCUCGACCUGGGAACUGGAUUCUGGAGCGUUCUCUGGACGGUGAAACCUUCAUGCCAUGGCAAUAUUACGCCAUAACCGACACCGAGUGUAUAACACGCUAUAACAUCAUCCCCAGGACAGGCCCACCAUCCUAUACACAUGACGACGAGGUGAUCUGUACCUCCUUCUACUCCAAAAUACAUCCUCUAGAGAAUGGAGAGAUUCACACGUCCCUGAUAAACGGACGUCCCAGUGCAGACGAUCCCUCGCCAACACUCCUGAACUUCACCUCCGCACGCUUCAUCCGUCUGCAGUUCCAGAGGAUCCGCACGCUGAACGCCGACCUCAUGACCCUCGCCCUGCACGACCCGCGGGACAUUGACCCCAUCGUCACCAGACGGUAUUAUUACUCCAUCAAGGAUAUCUCCGUCGGAGGAAUGUGCAUCUGUUACGGUCACGCUAAGGCCUGCCCUCUCAACACACACACCAAGAAAUUCAGCUGUGAGUGUGAACAUAACACAUGUGGAGAGAGCUGCGACCGCUGCUGUCCUGCUUACCACCAGAAGCCCUGGAUGGCAGGAACCUUCCUCACGCGGCACGUCUGUGAAAAGUGUAAUUGUCACAAUAAAUCAGAGGAAUGCUACUACAACCAGACGGUUGCUGAUGCUAAGCUGAGUUUGAAUAUUCAUGGCGAAUAUGAGGGGGGUGGAGUCUGUCUCGGCUGCUCUGAGAACACUAGAGGAAUUAACUGUCAAUCAUGCAUAGACGGCUACUACAGGCCAAGUGGGGUGAGUCCACUGGAGCCGUGGCCCUGCACACCCUGCACAUGUGACCUGCGAGGGGCACUUCACUCUGCAUGCAUCCCUGAUGAGAGUCAGGCCACUACAGAUCUGCCUGUGGGCUCGUGCAUCUGUAAGCCGGGAUACGCAGGUGAGCGCUGUGACAGGUGUGUGUUUGGAUAUGCUGGAUUCCCUCAGUGUGAGCGCUGCAGAUGCAGCAGUGACGGCAGUGUUAACCAGGAUCCAUGCCAGCCGCCCUGUGUGUGUAAGGAGCAUGUGGAGGGACGCGACUGUGACCGCUGUAAACAGGGAUUUUACCAUCUCAGCGGAGGACGAGUGCGCGGAUGUGACAAGUGCUACUGUUCUGGAGUCGCCAGCCUGUGUGCCGAAUCCCACUGGGACUACACUAAUGUGACUGAUAUGUCUGGAUGGUAUCUAACAGGAGUGGAUGGGGAGGGGCUUGUGUGGGCGGAGCCAAGCAGAGAGACCGCCCAUCAGGUUACUGUGAGCCAAUCAGAUGCUCAGACUCACCUGACAGCACCUUACUACUGGAGCGCCCCGUCUGCUUACCUGGGCAAGAAGCUCUUGGCGUAUGGAGGCAGGCUGGUGUAUUCGAUUUCUCACGACACAGAAAGCCUGGAGGCCGUUCACACUCUCAGAGUUCCUGAUGUCAUCAUAGAGGGUGGAGGUCUGCGGCUGGUUCACAGGUGGUCUGAGGCGUUGCUGAAGCCGCUCUCCUCAUCUGAGCGCGGAGUAGAUCUGCUGCCGGAGCUCUUCCAGCAUCAGGCCUCAGGGCAGAGCGUCAGCAGGAGAGACUUCCACUCUGUACUGCAGCACAUCCAGCGGCUGAUGCUGAGGGCAGAGCACAGUCUACAGGAGCACACACACGCCAUCUACAGGCUGCGUUCUGUUAGGAUGAGUGUAGCUGAUCAAGACUCUCGCAGUGGCAUUCAGGCCCGGGCUGUGGAGGUGUGCCAAUGUCCCCCUGGAUAUGAUGGGACAUCCUGUGAGAUGUGUGCGCUGGGCUACCGGCGGGUCAACGGGACGAUCUACCGCGGUGUGUGUGAACUCUGUCAAUGCCACGGACACACAGAGCGCUGUGAUGACCUCACCGGACACUGCCUGGGCUGCAGGGAUCACACUGUAGGACCGAACUGUGGCCAGUGUGCUCCUGGAUAUUACGGAGACGCCACUAAAGGAACUGCAGACGACUGUCAGCCCUGCGCCUGUCCUCUGCUGAGCCCCUCAAACAAUUUCAGUCCCACGUGUCGUGUGGAUGGCAGGGGCGAGGUGAUCUGCGACCGAUGCCCGCCGGGGUACACCGGAUCACGCUGCGACAGGUGUUCUAAUGGCUAUUUCGGACGUCCCAAUAUUCCUGGCGGCUCCUGUCAGCCGUGUGUGUGUAGCGGCAACCUGGACCAAACCGCACCACUGAGCUGUGACCCGCUGACUGGAGCUUGUCUGCGCUGUCGAGAGGGAUACGGAGGAGCCGACUGCGAACACUGCGGCGACGGAUACUUUGGAGAUGCCCUCAUAGCCAAGAACUGCCAAGCGUGUCAGUGCCACAGUAAUGGGUCAGUGUCAGAGCUUUGCCAUCAGCAGACGGGACAGUGCCAGUGUCGCCAACACGUAAUCGGACGGCAGUGUGACGAGUGUAUGGCUGGCUCUCACCUGCAGGGCGCUCUCGGCUGCGUCCCAUGCCACUGCAACUCUUUCGGCUCCAAGUCGUUUGACUGUGACGAGAGCGGGCAGUGCCGUUGCCAACCUGGUGUCACAGGACAGAAGUGUGACCGCUGUGCUGCUGGACACUUCAGCUUCCAGGAGGGAGGAUGCACACCGUGCCAGUGUGCCCAUGUGGGAAAUAACUGCGACGCCAGCACGGGCCAGUGUAUCUGUCCGCCCAACACCGUGGGAGAGCGAUGUGACAAAUGUGCGCCCAACCACUGGGGUCACGACAUCAGCACGGGCUGCAAGCCGUGUGGCUGUAAUGCACUGGGGUCUGUGGCGCAGCAGUGUAACCUAAACACCGGCUGCUGUAUGUGCCGAGAGCAGUUCAGGGGGGAGAAAUGCGACGAGUGUAAGCUGGGAUACAGAGAUUUUCCACAAUGCAUUUCCUGCCAGUGCUCUCCAGCAGGCUCAUCGCUGGACACCUGCGAUACAGAGUCGGGCCUCUGCGCAUGUGCAGACAGAAGCGGACAGUGCUCAUGCAAGGCUAACGUGGAGGGCCAGAAGUGUGAGCGCUGUAAGAGCGGCUCGUUCGGCCUCAAUCACAGGAAUCCUCUGGGCUGCAGUCGCUGCUACUGCUUUGGCUUGAGCAGCUCCUGUACAGAGGCCACAGGACUCAUCCGGAUGAGGCUGACUCUGAUGCCCGAGCAGACUGUUCUUCCUCUUGUGGACCGUUCUGGACAUCAGGAGACCACGGCAGGCAUCACUUUCCAGCAUCCAGACAUCAUCGCCACCGCAGACGUGGUCCAGCAGCAGCUGAGCGAGCCAUACUACUGGAGACUGCCCAAACAGUUCAAGCGCUCCAUGAUAACGGCCUAUGGUGGUAAGCUAAGGUACGCCAUAUACUACGAAGCCCGUGAGGAGACGGGACGCACCUCAUACGAGCCGCAGGUCAUCAUUAAGGGUGGCCCGAAUAAAGACAAGGUCAUGGUGCGACACAUGCCCGCGCUUCAGAUCGGCCAGCUGACCCGUCACGAGAUCGACAUUACAGAGCACGAGUGGAAACACAAGGAUGACAGGCCCAUGUCUCGAGAGGACUUCAUGGACGUUCUGUUUCAUGUGGAAUAUAUCUUAAUAAAGGCUUCGCACGGCAACGUCAUGAGGCACAGCAGGAUUUCUGAGAUCACUCUGGAGGUGGCGGAGGUGGGCAGAGCAUCCCAGGACAGUGAAAUCGCCCAUCAGAUUGAGAAAUGUGUGUGUCCUCAGGGAUACGCUGGUCUCUCCUGUGAGGAGUGUGCUGCCGGGUUCUACAGGCUCUCAGUUCUGGCUGGUGGAUCUGCGUCCCGGGCUGGUUUUGGCAGCUGCGUUCGGUGCCAGUGCAAUGGGCACAGCGACUCUUGUGAUCCCGAAACCUCCGUCUGCCAGAAUUGUCAGCACAACACAGUGGGUGAUAAGUGUGAGCGCUGUGCUGCGGGGUUUUAUGGUGUAGUGCGAGGAUUUACAGAUGACUGCAAACCCUGCGCCUGUCCACUGCUCAACCCUGAGAACAACUUCAGUCCCACCUGUCAGACAGAAGGUUUUAAUGAGUACCGCUGCACCGCCUGUCCUGAAGGCUACGAGGGAAAACACUGUGAAAGGUGCGCUCCUGGUUUUCACGGUGACCCCGGGGUGCUGGGCGGCCGCUGUGAGGAGUGUAAGUGUGACCCGUACGGUGCUUUCCCCUCAGCGUGUGACUCUCGCUCUGGGCAGUGCCAGUGCCGUCCUGGUGCCAGCGGACUGAAGUGUGACCAGUGCAUGGAGAGGCAUGUGUGUGGCCCUGAGGGCAUUGUGUCGUGCGAUGACGACUGCGCAGGGCUCUUGAUUCGGGACAUGGAGCGUCUGCUGCGUUUGAUUGGCAGUGUCAAUCUCACUCUGCCCCUCCCACUGCCCUAUAAAGUGCUGUAUCGAUUCGAGAACGUGACGGAGGAGCUGAAGCACAUGCUGUCUCCUCAGAGAGCUCCAGAGAGACUAAUGCAGCUGGCCGACAGCAACCUGGGAAGCCUGGUCACUGAGAUGGACGAACUGCUUAACCGGGCAACUAAAGUGUCUGCUGAUGGAGAACAGACAGCAGCGGAUGCCGAGAGAAGCCGUAAAGCUGCAGAAGAGCUGGAACUGUACGUCAGGAACACACUGCUGGCUGCUGAAGCACUGCGCGAUAAAGCACGUGAUCUGAACACGACUCUGGGACUGCGGGACGGGACUCUAGAGAAAAGCGUGAAUGAGAUGAAUGAUGAGAUCCAGGCCAUGCUCGCAGAACUUCGCAAACGCCAGCUCACCGGAAAGAAACACAUGGCUGAUGAAGAGCUCGGGGCUGCGGAGGCUCUUUUGUCCCGUGUGAAGCGCUUGUUUGGAGACCCACAGCAGGCCACAGAGGACCUGAAGCAGGAGGUGGGACAGAAGAUGAGCGACUACAAGCUGAAGCUGCAGGAGGCGCAGGAGCUGCUGGAGGAGGCGCUCACACACACCAGACAGGCUGAAGACCUGACUCUCAACAACCAGCUCAAACUGCAGCAUCUGCAGGGAAAGAGGGAUGCGGCCGUUAAACAGAAAGAACAAGCGGAGGGGGUUUUAUUGGAGGGAGAGAAGAGUCUGGACGAAGCCAACGCUCUCUCCGACGCCAUCACCCGUGGCAAAGAGGAGCUGGAGGAGAUGGCGGGACAGCUGGGGCCUCUGCGGGAUCAGCUGCGGGAUAAAGUGUCGGAUCUGAGUCGCGGUCUGGAUGAGUCCGUCCCAGAGCUGCUACUGAGAGCGGAGGAUCACGCCGCACAGCUCAACCACUCCGCCGCCAUACUCGACAGUAUUCUGGCUGAGGCAAAGAAUCUGUCCUUCAACGCCACGGCUGCUUUCAGCGCAUACACCAACAUCAAGAACUACAUUGAGGAGGCUGAUAGAGUGGCCAAAGACGCCAAGAAAACCAGCGCUGAGGCUCUACAGCUGGCCUCAGGACCCAAAGGCUCUCUGAAAGAUCAGGCUAAAGGUUCACUCCAGAAGAGCCACAAUCUGCUGAAUGAGGCUAAAGACCUGCAGAAGGACGUGACAGAAAAUGGAGAGAAUCUGGGAGCCCUUCAGCUCAGACUGAAAGGAGCCAACAAACAGAACAAAGACUUACAGAAACGCCUGAACGACACCGUGGAGAAACUCAACGCCAUCCCUGAUGAUCUGGCGCUGAAGAUCCAGGCCACUAAGCUGAAGGCGGCCAAAGCCAACGACACGGCGCUGGACGUCCUGAACCGUCUGAAGGACAUGAACCUCAACCUGAUGGGCCUGAAGAAAAACUACGACAAGCUGGAGGACGACGUCAGGAAAACCAACAACCUGAUCAAAGACCCCGAGAAAAACAUUCAUGCAGCAGGCGCCAGAGUCAAGGAUCUGGAAAACGAAGCCGACAGGCUGAUGGAGAAACUGAAGCCCAUUCAGGAGCUGCAGGACAACCUGAAGAAAAACAUCUCGCAGAUUAAAGAACUCAUCAACCAGGCGCGCAAGCAGGCCAACUCUAUUAAGGUGUCUGUGUCAUCCGGUGGAGACUGCAUCCGCACCUACCGGCCAGAGAUCAAGAAGGGCCGCUACAACACCAUCAUCCUACACCUCAAGACCCUCGCUGCCGAUAACCUGCUGUUCUACCUGGGAUCCGCCAAAUAUGUGGAUUUCUUGGCCAUCGAGAUGCGGAAGGGGAAAGUGAACUUCCUGUGGGACGUGGGGUCAGGGGUCGGCCGAGUGGAAUAUCCAGAUCUGAUCAUCAACGAUGGAAACUGGCACCGAAUCGAAGCCUCACGUAUCGGUCUGAACGGCAGUAUCUCGGUCCGUGCCCUUGAGGGACCCAAAACAGGCAUCUUACCUUCACUCAGAAGUGCAAAAGCACCAGAGACCUACACUGUGCUGGACGUGGACCAGAACGCUUACCUGUUUGUCGGAGGCAUGCUGGGAUCAGUGAAGAAAGCAGAUGCUGUGAAAACCACCACAUUUUCAGGUUGUAUGGGUGAGACGUCUCUGGAUGGAAAAGCCAUCGGCCUCUGGAACUACAGAGAGAGAGACGGGGACUGUGCUGGAUGUGUUGUCAGUCCUCAGCCUGCAGACACUGAAGGAACGGUUCAGUUUGAUGGAGACGGUUAUGCAUCCGUCAGUCGCCCCACCAGGUGGAACCCAAACGUCUCCACUGUCAUGUUCAAGUUUCGCACCUUCUCCACACACUCCGUCAUGAUGUACUUCGCCACCAAAGACAUGAAAGACUUCAUGAGUGCUGAACUGAGCGACGGCAGGCUGAAAGUGAGUUAUGAUCUGGGCUCUGGCACCGGCUCCAUCAUCAGUGAUAAACGCUAUAAUGAUGGCAAGUGGAAGUCCUUCACCAUGUCCCGCAUGAAGAAAGAAGCCACCAUCACCAUCGUCAACAUGGACACGAAUGAGGACGAGCGGCUGCUGAUGGCGUCUCCAGGAGGCGCUACAGGCCUCAACCUGCGGGACAACGAGCGCAUGUUUUUCGGAGGAUUGCCCAAAGCUGGAAACUACAGGUCAGAGGUGGUUUUGAAGAGGUUUUCUGGCUGUAUGAAGGAUAUCGAAGUCUCCCGAACGCCAUAUAAUCUGCUGAGCAGUCCAGAUUACACAGGACUGACCAAAGGCUGCUCCAUUGAGAAUCUGCACACAGUGAGUUUCCCGCGGGCCGGGUUCAUGGAGCUGAAUCCGGUGUCAUUUACCGUGGGCUCGGAGAUCUCGCUCUCCUUCAGCACCAGGAGUGAAGACGGGCUGAUACUGUUCGGCAGAGGAGGACUGACCUCCAUGACGGAGCUGACGCAGGGACUCACGCCAGUGCACAUUCCACACCGCUCUCGCAGACAGACCGGAGAGCCCUUCCUCUCUGUGCAGCUCAGUAAAGGGGCACUGGAGGUGCUGGUGUUCACCGGCUCCAGAAACCCACGCAGAGUUUUCCGAAAGCCGGAUCAGGGAAUCCUGCAUGAUGGCCGCGAGCACUCACUGCGCAUCCAGAGGCUCCCGGGAGCAUCCUUCACUGUCCAGGUGGACGAGGAGCCACUGGUGCAGCAGCCCUUACCCAGCGACCUCCCACUCAACAUCCAUCGCCUCUUCAUCGGAGGAAUCCCGCCUGAUGUACAAACUGGCGUCCACAGGCCCAGCAAGCCAUUCGAGGGCUGCAUCUGGAACCUCUUGAUCAACACUGUCCCGGUGGACUUCUCCCAGCCUGUGGCCUUUGAGAAUGCAGAGAUUGGCCACUGCCCUGACCUGGCCCCUGCUCUGGCUCCACCCCCUGAGGAAAAGGAGGAGGAGGAGAAAGAGGCUUCACCCACACCAGCAGAAGCAAUUCGUCCUCCGGCAGCUCCAGCCUCCACUGCCACACCCCUUGCCAAAGCCACGCCCAUCCCAGACACACCCACCAGUGUCAAAGAACCCGCGGUGUCGUGCGCAGCAGAGGCGGAGCCUGCAGUGCUGGAGCUGGCUAAACAGUUCGGUCUGUCCAGAAACAGUCACAUGACCUUUGAGUUUGAUGACAAGAACGUGAAGGAGAGGCUGAUCAUUGAGUUCGAGAUGCGCACAGAGACAGACUCGGGUCUGGUUUUCUACAUGGCCAGAAUAAACCAUGCAGAUUUCGCCACCAUCCAGCUGAAGGAGGGAAUGGCUCACCUGAGCUUUGACCUGGGCAGUGGGAACACCUCCGUCAGCGUGCCGCGGAUCAUCAAUGACGGGCAGUGGCACAAGAUCCGUGUGAUGAGAGACAAACAGAGAGGAGUCCUCACGAUAGACGGCCGCUACAGCAAACACACCACCAGCCCGAAGAAAGCAGGUAUCCUGGAUGUGGUGGGAAAGCUGUAUGUGGGGGGUUUGCCGCUCAACUACACCACCAAACGCAUCGGCCCUGUGCUGUACAGCAUUGACGCUUGCAUUAGGAACUUCAAGAUGAUGAAUCUGCCCAUGGAUAUGGAGAACCCCACCUCCAGCUACCGCGUGGGCUCCUGCUUUGCCAACCCAGAAAAGGGAACCUAUUUCGAUGGCACAGGCUAUGCCAAAGCUGUGGAGGCGUAUCGAGUGGGUAAUGACGUGUCCGUGGAUCUGGAGUUUAGGACAGCUCAGAGCUCUGCUGUCCUGGUGGGCGUCAGCAGCCAAAAGAUGGACGGGCUGGGCAUCGAACUCGUCAACGGAAAGCUGUUCUUCCAUGCUGAUAAUGGAGUGGGCCGCUUCACAGCCGUGCAUGAGCCAGGUCAGGAGGCGGGGCUUUGUGAUGGGCAGUGGCACACAGUCUCCGCCCACAAGCUGAAGCACCGCCUGGAGCUGACGGUGGACGGACAGAAGUCCGAGGCGGCAAGUCCAGACAUCCGCUCAGCUUCUGCAGACACCAAUGACCCACUGUAUGUGGGCGGAUACCCCGAGGGUCUGAAGCAGUUCGGGCUCACCAUAAACACCCCAUUUAAAGGCUGCAUGAGGAACGUGAAGAUCAGUAAAGCUGGAAAAACUCUGCAGGUCCAGAUGAACAAACUGCUGGAGCUCAGAGGAGUUCAGCCGCUCAGCUGCCCUGCUGCUGCUGCUUAAACACACAGAGAGAGAGAGAGAGACACACAGAUACACAAGCAAUCACGCAAAUAAGCAAACACACAGAGAGACACAAACACACACUCGCAGAGACACACAGAGAUACAUAAACACACAAAUACACAGGCACAAACAGACACACACAAAAACAGAUAAUCAAACACACACAUAAUCAAACACACACAUAAACAAACACACACAUAAACAUAAACAUGCUCACAAACACAGAGACGCACACUCACAAACACAGAGAGAAACAUACACGCACACAGAUACACAAACGGACACACACAAAUCAGAUAAACAAACACACAGCGAUACAUAAACACACUCACAAACACAAAGAGAAACAUACACACACAGAAACAUACACAGAUACACAAACACAAAACAAACACACACAGAUAAUCAAACAUGCACAGAUACAUAAACAAACAUACACACACAGCAACACACACUCAUAAACACUCACACAAAUAUACAAAUACAGAAACACGCACACACACAUAUUCAAAAACACACGCAAACAAACACAGAGAAACAGAAACACACAUAGAUACACAAACACAAAACAGACACACACACACACAAAUAAAUGCACAAUCACAGAAAGAAACACACACAUAAACACAAACACAGAAAAAACACACACACAAACUCAUACACACAGAUAAACAAAUACACGCAAAACACACCGGCACACAGAUACUCAAACACACAGAUAUGCAAACACACACCCAUAAACAAAGAGAAACAUACACACACACAGAAACACACACAAAUACACAAACAGACACAGAUACACACAAACACACACUUAUAAACACAAAGAGAAACAUACACACACAAAACGCAAACACACACACAGAUACACACAAACACACACAUAAACACAAAGAGAAACAUACACACACAAAUACACAAACACACACCUAUAAAAACAAAGAGAAACAUACACACACAGACACACACACACAGAUACACACAAACACACACUUAUAAACACAAAGAGAAACAUAAAAACACAGAAACACACACAGAUACACACUUAUAAACAAAGUGUUUAUAACACACACUUAUAAACAAAGAGAAACAUACACACACAGAAACACACACAAACAGACAAAGACACACACACACUCACAAUCACACAGAGAGAAACACAGAAACACACAUAGAUAAACAAAUACACACAAACAUAGACACACAAGCACACAGAUAAACAAACAGAGAUACACAAACACAAAGAGAAACACACACAGAUACACACAAAUACACACACAAGCAAACACACAAUCACAGAGAGAAACACAGAAACACACACAGAUACUCAAAAACAGAAACACACAAACACACGCACACAAGCACAGAGAUACACAAACACAAAGAGAAACACACACACACACACAAACGCACGCAAACAAACAGACACACACAAGCACAGAGAUAAACAAACAGAAAGAUAAACACACACAAAUGCAUGCAAACAAACAGACAUACACAAGCACACAGAUAAACAAACACAAAUACACACACACACACACACUCACAAACACAAAGAGAAACAUACAUGCACACAGGAACGCCCAGAUACACAAACACAGAUAAACAAACACACACUCACAAUCACACACAGUAACUGUUGUACUCCACAUGAGUCUGUCCCAAUCAGUCCAUCAUACUGCUCAGCCCCCUCAUCAUAUCCAUCAGCAGUCCUCAUAGUCAACACAACAUCCACCGCAGUACACGGAGAGCGCCGAACGCCUCGUCUCAGUCUGUGCAUGAAGCUUUUCCUCUCGUCCCUCUUCAGUGUGAGCGGCUCAAAUAAAAAUACUGUGUGAGCUUUGCUGUGAUCUUUCAGAAACGUCCAUAUGAUGUGUGACGGCCCGUUCACACCCAAUCCCCCUUUGUUUAGCUCAGGCUGUAUGAGAUGUGUGUGUGUGUGUGUGUGUUUGGUGGGAUACAACGACACGAAAUGCGUAUAAUUACAUGUAUAUGAUCUAGACAAUACAAUGUUGAGGUGAUUUAUGAGGACAUGUUUUGUGUCCUCGUAAUUCAGAUCCUUAAAAAUCAAACUUUUUCACAUUCAAAUCUGAGUUCCUGUGAGGGCUGGGUCAAAUAAGCUGUUUUUACUGUAUGAAAUACAUUAUAGAGAGUCCUUAUAAACCACCAAUACCAACAUGUGUGUGUGUGUCUGCUGUGCAUGGAGUGAUGUAAUGAACAGGAUUUCCAAAUAAAGAAAAAUCCCCUCUGA